CUUUCAUUCUAUGUCCAUGUCUUUUCGCAGCAGGGGAAACUGAGACUUAAGGACGUUGUUGGUACUUUGCCCAGAGUCACAAAGCUGAGCCUUAUCCAGACCCCGGGUCCACGCCCUCACCCCUUCCUACAAACACGCGUACACUUCUCCACCGGCAAGAAUCUUCCCUGCCCAGCGCCCUAUUCUGCUCUUCUGGCUUCCCAGUAAAUGACAGGGUCCGAGGGUGGACAGCCCCACUUUGUAGAAGAAUAAACUGAGGCCCAGGGGGUUCAAGUCCUAGUUCUGGAUUUCUGGGGGCAAGCCCGUCACUCUCCCUACAGUGCCUCUGGGAGCGAGCAGCGAGACGCUGUAGUGGAAGCUUUGGCACCAGGUCCAGCCGUGGGCAAAGCUAGCAUCGGAGGGCUUUCCUUGACAGGACCUCGGAGAUGGCUGAGCCCAGCCCCUUGGGUAGGCACUGAAGCUCAGUAAGGGGCAGUGUUCUCUGUAAACCCCUCAGUAGAACCAGAGUCAAGCUGAUGUCUGUUAGUGAGCACACAACAGGAAUGCCUCCUGCAAACUCGGGGGUGAGGAAGGGAGUCCCCACCGUAGCUCAGUACACUUGCCUUCAGAGACAAAAAAGGCCAACCCGAGCUCGUAGGAUAGACACCAUCUAUGUUGAAAAGGGGAAGGGGCCAUUUGAGCUGAGCUUCAAAGGAUGAAUGGGAGUUUUCCUUUGGGAGCGAUGGAAGGAAGGACAUGGCAAGAACAGGAGCUCUUAUAGUUUUCCUACUGAACGCUGGCAGCGUACAGCCCCAGGACCACUCUUGGCCACUUUUGGCAUGCAUGCCACAGGCGCCCCUGGCUCCCAGCCCUGCCUCUCACCUCCUCCACUCUGAUGCUGCUGUUGAUUGUCCUGUGGCUGGCGGGGGCUGGCCCCAGCCUCACCCUGGCCCCAGAGCUGCUGCAGGAACCCAGGCAGGUGCACCGGCUGCUGACCCACGCCCUGGGCCACACUGCUCUCCCGGGCCUGCUCCUGAGCCUGCUGCUCUUGGCCAUACUCGGCUGGCAGCAGGAGCACCGCGUGGGCUCACUGCGGUUCCUGCACACCGUGGUCCUGCUUGCCCUGGCCACUGGGCUGCUGGCCAUGCUGCUGGCGGGCCUGGGGGUGCCCAGGGUAGCUGGCGGCUGUGGAUACAUGCCCAUCCACCUGGCCAUGCUGGCAGGCCAGGGUCACUGCCCCCGACAGCCCCGGGGGGCACUGCCACCAUGGCUGGCACCGUGGCUGCUGCUGAGCCUGACCCCUCUACUCAGCUCUGAACCGCCCUUCCUGCAGCUCCUCUGUGGCCUGCUCGCUGGCCUGGCUUAUGCCGCAGGGGCCUUCCGGUGGUUGGAGCUGUCGGAGCGGCGGCUGCAGGUACUGCAGGAGGGCGCUGUGUGCAGAGCCCUGGUGGGGUGCUGGCCGCUGAGGCUCCUGCCCGCCCCGGGCUGCUUGGCUGAACUGCCCACCAGCCACCUACCGGGAGCCAGGCCUCCAGCAGCUGGACCACCACCAGUGGCUUCCCCUAGCCUCUGGCCAGGCAGCGAAGCCUCCAGAUCUCUCCCACUAGACCUAGAGGCCCUGCAGCCCCCAUGGGAGGGCUCCUUAGAGGCAGGCCUGGCCUGGGCUGGACCCAGGUUCCCCUCGGAGACCCCCCUGUGGGCGGCCCUGGAUGAACAGAUGCUGCAGGAGGCGCUGCAGGCCUCGCUCCUGGACGGGCCAGGACUGGGCCCCGAGGGCCCACUGUGGCUGCCCAAGUCUUCUGUCUCCUCUCUUCGGCUGCAGCAGCUGCAACGUAUGGGCUUCCCCACAGAGAAGGCAGUGGUGGCCCUGGCAGCCACAGGCCGGGUGGAGGGUGCCGUGUCGCUGCUGGUCGACGGGCAGGUGGGGGCUGAGGCUCUGGUCACAGAGGUGAAAAGCUGCCCCCCCCAGCCCAAGGAUCCCAGCCCCCCCAACCCAGGCAGAAGGCAGGGCACAGUGGGGCCCUCGGGUGACCACAGGCCUGACCCUGUGUAAUGGCCCCAGCUUUGCCAAUGGAGGGUACUCACUUAGAAUAAAAACCAGUUUUUGUUUUUUG